CUUUUCCUCCACAGAGGAACAGCAGCCAUCGGUCCGCUCAUCGCAGCUCUGAAAGGCGGGAAAACUGUCACGUACGAAGGAAAAGAGAUCCGGCCGGAGCAGGUUUGUACCCCCACUAAUCCGGGACCAGUCUUUAUCGUCGUCGAGUGUCCGUCUGAGGAGUUUGUUGAGGCGGUUUGCUCCGACCCGCAGCUGAGGAGAUACCAGACGGGAGCGACGGAGGACUCGGCUGCGCUGGUGGUCCACAUGACUCCGGAGUCCGUUCUGUCCACCGAUCAAUACAAACGGUGGAUGGGGAGGUUUCCGUCCACAACAGAACACCUGAUCCUGAAUGAGCAGGUCUGUACGGUCCACAACGUCAGAAGUCACAAGAUCCAGGCCCAGCUGAACGUGAUCCACCACGACAUCUUUCCAGAACUCAAGUCCUACAAGUCAAAGGAGGCUCCGGCUGAGCUGCACAUCCCAAACGUCAGAGCCGAGUGUCUGCUCAAGUUCCAGCUCAGGCCUGUCAUGGAGUGGCAAAGAGACGCCAUCCCCUCCUGCAACACGGAGGAGUUUGUGAAAGAGGCGUCUGAGGUCCCAAACUUUCUGGAAGAAGUGGACAAGUGCAGGAAGAUCUGCUCCGCUGACGGCGCAGAUCUUUCUGGAGAGAAACACCCCGAGGUGGUCUUCUUGGGAACAGGUUCGGCUCUACCGAUGAAGAUCAGAAACGUCAGCGGCACUUUAGUUAAUAUCAGCCCGACUCAGUCGGUGCUGUUGGACUGUGGAGAGGGAACCUUCGGUCAGCUCUGCAGACACUACGGAGACAACGUGGACGACGCUCUGUCCAAGAUCUCAACCGUCUUCAUCUCACACAUGCACGCUGACCACCACACGGGGCUGCUAAUGUUGCUUUAUCAGAGGGAACGAGCACUGACAACGUUGGGAGAGACGUUCAGCCCCGUCUACCUCGUGGCUCCGGUGCAGAUCAUGAGCUGGCUCAGCCAGUAUCACGAUCACUGCGAGGAGAUCCUCAACCACAUCAACCUCAUCCCGAACAAAGUUCUGUGCGACGGCGGCGAGGUGCCCAGGCAGAGGACGAAGUUGUUCAUCCAGGGACUGCUGAAGGAGAACGAUUUGGAGAAGUUCCAGACGUGCACCGUGCGUCACUGUAAGAACGCCUUCGCCUGCAGCUUCUCUCACCGGUCCGGCUGGAAACUGGCGUUCUCUGGCGACACCAUGCCCUGCGAUGCCUUCGUACACACCGGAAAGAAUGCAACCUUACUGAUCCACGAGGCCACGCUGGAGGACGGGAUGGAGGAGGAAGCUGUGGAGAAAAGACACAGCACGACCUCGCAGGCCAUCGGCAUCGGCAUGAGGAUGAACGCCGACUUCAUCAUGUUGAACCACUUUAGCCAGCGCUAUGCCAAGAUCCCCCUCUUCAGCGAGGACUUCAAUAACAGAGUGGGGAUAUCGUUUGACCACAUGAGAAUUCGCUUCGGGGACUUUAAAAUCCUCCCCGGGCUCAUUCCCGCACUUAAAACCCUUUUCGCUGAAGAGAUCGGCGAGAUGGAGGGGAGACGGGAGAAAAGGGAGCUGAGAAACCCGGGAGGAAGCGUCUCCGAGGUGGAGAAGACGCCCGACGUGAGCCGAGCUAAAAGAGUCCAGGAGGAGGAGGAGGCGACGCACAGCCAAGAGACCAAGAGGCUGAAGACCUGCUGAAGGCCCGAGUGAAGAACAGACUUUUAACUGAGAGAAACACGAGUGCUUUUAUUUCAAUGAGUUGUUUUCUUCAUUUGGCUCGUGUGGUUUUAUUACAGAAAAGAUGCUGUAGAUUUCCUGCAUUGUACAAAGCUGAGCGAUCAGUACAGUUUGUUUUUCAGUAAACACAAUAAAAAGAUCCCUCAUAGUUCAUAGUCACGUCCAUCAAACAUGAGACGUGUCAAUCAGUGGUUACCAACCACAACAGCUGGAAUGUGCCAAAUGUUUUUAUUUAACGACAUUCAUUCUGUUAUUAAGGGGAUAUUGUUAAAAUCCAUAUUUCACAUGGUAUUAGAUGGAUUCCCAUGGAGUUUGGUUUCCUCUCGAUGGACUGUAUCAUCUGUGGUAGAGCUGCCACAAUAUCAGAUGUUCACGAUAAUAUGAUCUGUAAAAAGAUAAAAAGUUAGUCAAUUCAUCUUGAA